ACGCAUCUCUCUGCUUAACGUCCACUUCCCCAUCUCACGUCAACAGAUCCUCUUGCUUGAGCCUACUCAAUAAUGGGACCUCCUGCGACUCUGGACUCGCAUGUGCGUAUCAAUACCCUCCACGGGAGGACGACACCUGAUUUGGAGCUGGGCGCUUCUGACGUCCGUUCAAGUGCCCAAGCGCCUGUACGCGAGGAGCAGAGUACUUCUGCCAACUGCCUUGCAGAGGAUCGGGCUGCGCUCGGAAAUUCCACAACGGGGCAUGCGGGGUUUUGGAGCAAGCCUGAAUCCAUCUGGACCACUCCCCUUCCCGAUAAAUCUGAUAACGCAGAGAUCUGGCGGUUAUAUGUGCAAGAAGCCGAUAAACACGACCAAGCGCUUCUGAAGACGUGGGGCGAUGGUAUCGAUAACUUCCUACUCUUUAUCGCGUUAUUCUCCGCGAUUCUUUCCGCUUUCCUCGUUGUCGCUUGGUCCUCAAUGCAGCCCGAUCCGUCCCAACUCACUUCCGAUGCGCCCGUCGUUAUAUCUCAGCAGUUGGUCGUCCUAUCUUCGAGUCAAACGAUGAAUGUAUCAGAUGCCUAUCAACCUCCAACCUUCAGUCCUCCCACGGGGGCGGUCGCCGUCAACUGUUUAUGGUUCACCAGCCUCUUCGUCAAUUUGCUUACCGCCGUGCUUGCCAUGCUGGUUAAGGAAUGGAUCAGCGCAUACAAUCAA